AUGUUGUAUGGGAUGGGAGGCAAAAUCUUUUAUGAAACCAACACUGAGCUGUUGAGUGGAGCAAGCACGUUUCAGUCAACAAGUAGUGUAAACGUGGAACAACCUCCAAACGCACAAGCACCAGCUCCUAUUAUAGACCUUCUCAAGUUCAUCAAGUAUCUGCUUUCUGCAUAUGUGGGAGCCAAAUAUGCAAAGAAGUUGAGUAUCUUAGGUUAUGAUGCAGGUCUUAUUGACGCCAUAAACCUAUGUGUAUGCGAAGAUAAAAGGAGAAGCGAUAUCCCGGAACAUCAGUGGAACAAAUAUGCAUCUCUUCUAGGCGAUGAGUGCGAAGAGCGUUUAACAGAAGACUCUGAAGGUUCUCUUAAACACGCCUAUUCUUGUGUGCAGUGCGAGAUGUUCUUGAAGGAGCAGCGCAUCCGGCAUUUGAUUUCGCCGAUCUAG